ACCUACAUACUGCGGUCUAUGCUUCAGACUUCAGAGUUUCCGUAGUAUUUUAGUGCUCUUUGGUACUGAGUGAAAUGCCACUGUUGAUUGUUGAAUUUGUCGAAGUUUGAAAAUUAUCUUGAGAGUAGUGUGCAACGGAAAAAUAGUUAACCACAUAAUAAUGUCUCAGUUAAAUGAAAAAAUAUCGGAAGUAUAUAACGACGGCAAAGUAAAAGCCGGUUGCAUAUACAGAAUAGCUUUACAAAAUUUUCUAACGUACAAACAAGUUGUGUUAUAUCCGAGUACAUCACUUAACUUAAUUAUUGGACCGAACGGAACAGGCAAGUCUACGUUUGUGUGUGCCAUUAUACUUGGUUUAUGUGGAAAACCUAAUGUCAGCGGUAGAGGACUAAAGGUCGCCCAAUAUGUAAGGACGGGAUGUCAAGACGCGGUUAUAGAGAUAGAAUUGUACCAGAAGCCCAGGCAGCGUAAUGUGAUCAUCAGGAGGAUGUUCGGCUUGAACGAUGCCACAACAUGGACCAUAGACCACAAGAGAGUCACAGAGAAGCAAGUGCAAGAGCUCAUAGCUUCUUUGAACAUUCAGGUGGACAACCUAUGCCAAAUGCUGCCGCAGCAUCGAGUCCAGGACUUCUCGAAGCUGGACCAGCAACAGUUGCUGCGGAGCACGCUGUCCGCUGUGGGUGGGCAGGAGUCCGUCAGUCAGUUAGACCAGCUGAUAGCCUACAGGACGCAGCAGCGAGGACUGUCGUCAAAACAGCAGAAUAAUGCGCAAGUGCUAGAAGAGAAGAUACGGCUUAAUGACAGAUUAAAGAUAGUAAUAGAAGCGAUGAAACAACGAAAAGAGAUAGAGAAGCAGAUAGAGAUAUGCGAAAAGAAGAAGUUAUGGAUAGAGUAUCAAGACUUGAGGGAGAAAGUGAAAGAGUGUACUCAAGACAAGAAGAACGCCCAGAACAUAGUCAACACGCAUAAGGCCAAAGCAGAGCCGCUGGAGAAACUUAUAGCAGCUGCCAGGACAGGAAUACAGAGGCUGGAACAACAGAGGCUUGGAGCGAAUAGAGAAAUUAACACACUGAAAGACAAAGCGAAAGAGAUAAUAGACGCUAUGAAGAACCUGGAAUACAAGAUGAAGGACAUAGACACGUCGCUACAAGAGAAGAUAGAGCGGCAUCAGAACAGGCGCAGUGAGCUGGCCGAGGCGAGGAUCAAACUGGACAAGCUCAAGACUGACAGGACUGCGCUAGUGGAGAAAGUGGGAGAUGAAACUCGUAUAAAGAUGGAGAUAGCUGAGCUACGCAAGCCGAUAGCGAAGAUCAACUCGCAGAUGGACGCGUUGAAAAAACAGAAGCUGGUGAUUCAGUGCGAUCUGGACAAUAACGUCAUACCGCAGAUAAGGAUGUGCCAGAACAAGUUGCGUCAACUGGAGGACGUCGGCGAGAAGCGGUUGGACACACUGCGCACCUACAACGAGGACAGUUACAACGCAGUGCAGUGGCUCCGGCAGAACAGGGACAUGUUCCAACAUCCAGUGUACGAGCCCAUGAUGCUUGAGAUAAACUUCACGGAUCCGAAAUUCGCCCGUUACCUGAACUCUACAGUCCCCGACCGGGACCUGGUCGCCUUCACGUUCGAGUCCACGCAGGAUAUGAACCUGUUCCUGCAGAAAGUGAGGCUCGAAGGCGGGCUGAAGAGGGUGAACGCGAUCUGCAGCCCCGGAGGCAGGGGGAAUUACCAAACGGAUAAUAUACAGCAACUAAGUUACCUGGGUUUCUACACGUACCUGGUGGACACCAUCACGGCGCCGGACGCCAUCAUCCGUUACCUGUGCAAACAGUACGGCAUACACAGGAUACCGAUCGGCAACCAGCACACCUACAACAACAGCGGCAAGGUGCCGCCGCACAUCAACUACUUCUUUACUGAGAACCACAGAUUCACAAUACGCAGGUCGGCGUACAGCGGCGCCACAUCCAGCUCCACCAUCGAGAUACGACCACCGACGCUGCUCGCCAACACCGUGGACGCAGAACAGAUCACCAACUGGAACAAUCAGGUAGAAAAACACCGACGUACAGAACACACGCACAAGGAAAAAAUCAACGACAUAGACUCUAAAGUAUCGAAUCUAGAAGCACAUCUCAACGAGUUGAAUACUAAACUUAAGAAAAUCAACGAGGGCGUGGAAAAGGUGAGAACGUUGGGCUCCGAGAUUCGUCUGCAAGCGAAGAAAGUGGAGGACAUUGAGAAUGAGCCGGAGCUGGACAUCCAGAAGGAGAAGGUCGAGUGCCGCAAGAGGCAGCGGGACUGCAUCGCCACGCAGUGCAAGUUACAGGAGGAAUUGUGCACCACUGUCGUCACACUGCACACCACCGCGCUCAAUGGAGAGAUGUGGAAGGAAAAAUUACAAUUCAGUCGAAACGCCAUCGUGGAUCAGGAGACCGAGUUGCGAGAGCUUAAGAGCGAAUUAAGAAACGCUGAGGCAACACUGGAAAACAUAGACAACACGCUGACGCGAGCCAUGAACAGCGCCAAAGAGAAGUUGACGGAAGCGAAACGUUCGUGUAAUAACAAACUGCCGCAGAAUCCCGACUUUCCUUACAAGAAGGAGUUUGAAUCUCUCCCCUCCACUCUUAACGGGCUGCAGGAGCAUUGUUACGAGUUGCAGACACGGAGGGAUUGUAUGGAGAAUGGAGAUGAACAGGUCAUUCAAGAGUACGAGGAAAGGGAGAAAGAGAUAGCAGAUUUGAAAAGUCAAGUCGCCAGUUCCAGCGACAUGAACAAGGAUUUAGAUAAGAAGAUGAAGCAAAUACAAUCAAAAUGGCUGCCGCCGCUAGAGAAGCUCCUGAGGGACAUAAACAAGGGUUUCGGUCAUAUGUUCGAGAAAAUGGGAUGCGCAGGAGAAGUGAAACUCGUAAAAGGAGGCAGCGAGGAGGAUUUCGACAAGUACGGCAUAUCGAUCAUGGUUCGAUUCCGGGCGGAGGAACAGCUGCAACAGUUGACUCGGCACACGCAGUCGGGAGGCGAGAGGUCGCUCGCCACGGCGAUAUAUCUCAUGGCGUUGCAGAGGCUUACCACCGUGCCGUUCAGAUGUGUAGACGAGAUCAAUCAAGGCAUGGACAGAAUAAACGAAAGGAAAAUGCUGCAGCUGCUGGUGAAAGUGACCACCGAGAUCGACAACUCACAGUACUUCUUGUUAACGCCAAAGCUGCUCACAAACCUGGAGUACAACCCGAAGAUUAUGGUGCACACUGUUAUGAACGGGAAACACAUAAUGCCCUACGACAAAUGGAAUUAUGACAAAUUUAUAUCUCGCGCGAGGCAUUACAAGGCUUAAAACAAUAAAGCCGAGUGCACACGAAGAGCUGAGCUGUUAGUCUUAGUUUCCAUAGCUGAGAUAAUUUCACACAGCUUAGUUUACUAGCUGGACGUAAAUACGCAACAAGGAUCCAACCAUUGACGUAUAUUCUAUAGACACGAACGUCCAUAUAAACUAUUUGUUUAAAAUCUGAACUAAAAUGUUAACUAAAACGUAACUGUUAUAACCUAUUUAUUCACUUCAACAACAAAUAAUUUUGCUUAUUUACUAAUAUUUUUUAUUCACAUCCAGGUUUACACUUAGACUCGAGUUCUUAUAUCAUGAGCGCCACUCCGUAGACAACCACAAGCUGUCAAUAUUGACCCUACAAAAAUCAUUUUGAAUAGAUUGCAGUUUAAUUCAGUGAAACACAGUGAAUGUUCGGAACGCUAAAUCUAGUACGUAGUACAUAUAUACACAAGUAAAUACCUCAGCUAUACAAGCUGCUAUACAAACAGCUCAGUUUUGGGUCUGCCGCCAGCUUAAUGUCCUAGUACAGGGAUGGCGAACCUUUACUAAUUAACUUGACAUUAUUUAAAAAAAAUGCCAUUCAGGAUCGGUUUAAGCCAUCCGAGUGUGCCUUUUUAGCUUUUUUUUUAUAAUAUUUUUUUUAAUCGAGUCCGCAAAGUGGCUGCGUACUGAUGUUAAGUGAAGUGAAGUCCAAAGAAAGAUACAUAUACAACUAGUUGUGCCUGCGGAUUCGCCCGCAUGAUUGUGAUACAAGUUUUUACCGCGUAAAUCCCGACCAAGCUCUUCAACAGUAAUCGUUAUAUUUCAGUCAAUUUACAUAAACCCGUAAUGUAGUAUUAACCUAAACUUUCCUUAAGAAUAAAUAGCGGGAGAAGUUAUUGCAGUAGGAUAACGAAAUAAUGUAACAGCAGCUUUAUAAGUUAUAUUUACUAAAUUAUUUUGGACUACGUUUAUACUUACUUCGUUGAAAUUUUAUAUACCUACUGCAAGGAAGAACAUAAAGAACUACCUACCUACUUCUAUCUUUUAUUAAAAGCCGUAAAAAAUUCGUUCAGUAGUUUUAGAGAAAAUCGAUCACAUACAGACAGCUUUGGGGACUUAUAAUAUAGAUGUUUCGUAUAUUACUAUUGCCCGAAUUAUUUUGUCACAUACCUCUGGCAAGCGUGCUAUUAGUUCGCCCUCCCUGGCCUAGUACAAUGAUUUUAUUUAUUUAGCACUUUAUAUACAAAUGUAUAUAAAGUGUAGGCAGACUUAAUGCCAUAGGUAUUCUCUACCAGUCAACCUUAGUGCGAUGCAGAGAUAAUCAAUGAUGCUUCUGCGCAUUAGUUAAUUGUAUGUGAGUGAAUGUACCAAUGUGUUUACGUGUAGCCGGCGGCCAUUAUUCAGCCAAAAUCUUUGGAUGGUUGACAGAUAAGCAGGUUUCGUGUGUGUGUCACUUGCAUCCAAAUACCUGUCAAGAAUAUAUACGCUUCUACAUAAUAAUAUCAGCCAUGUAUAUACUGUCCCACUGUUGGGCACGGGCCUCCUCUACUACUGAGAGGGAACGUUGCUUCAUGUUGGCUUUAUAUGUUGGAGACAGCCAUUGGCAUAAUUGGCCAUAUUGAGGACUGUUCAGAUCUUUCUGUCCUGUACAAUGUGACGGGAAUAAUAUAUGUAUAACUAGCUUUUGCUCGCGGCUUCGCCCGCGUGAAGGAGUUUUUCGGUAUAAUUUUUUUUCAGACUUGGUGUGUCUCGUUAUAUUAUGACCAAAUUACACAAAAUGAUUAUAAAUUGUAGCCUAUGUGUUACUCCGAUGUAUAACCAAUAUUACUGUAAAGUUUCAUCCAAAUCAAUUCAGUAGUUUUUUCGUGAAAGAGGAACAAACAUUCAUACAUCCUCACAAACUUUCGCAUUUAUAUUAGUAGGAUAAUCAACAUUCCCAUAUAAUGGGUCGUAUUUAUAGUUCAAAUCUAGCUCUCUUAAUGUUGACAUUAAUUAUUGUCAAAAUGACAUCAGCAUAUACAGCAGCCACCGAAUUCUUUAGGCAAUGUUAAAGUAAAAGUCAGUUGUGGUGGUGGUAGGCAAAUAUUCUGCCACUCCGUUUGGACACAGACGGUACACAAGGAGUAAAGCCCGCCAAACUGACGUGCUAUGCGCAAAAGUGGUAUGUCAGGAAAACCUUAUUUCGAGAUAAUCGAAGUUUUGUGAAUAUAGUUUUGUAUGUAAAACUGAGAUAGAGAAACUAAGGUUUUUUUUACAAGUUCUAAACAAGAUACUGUUAUUUAGGUAAGUUCAUUCCACUACCUCUCCCGCUUUGACAACAAUAUAGAGCAGAGCGUAAUCGAGCGUAUGGAAUAUAAGAAUGGAAUUGGUGAAUUCAUUCGAGUUUCAACGUACGGGAAUGAUCGAUCAAGGAAGUCAAGUCCAGUCAAAUAUUUAGGACUUUGAUUGCUUUACAUUUGACAACUUUUUUAAAAUCUGUAAGCGUUCAGUUUCCCCUUUAGCGACGCCCUUGAUUGUUGCCAUGAUGAAGAAAGUUAAUGAAGGAGUAUUUAUUAUAGCUUUGGUAGUUUAAUCCGUAAAUAAGAGAUUGAAAUAAAUGAAUCAAUGAAAAUGUUCGAUAAAUAUAAUGUUGCCAUGUUUUUUACUAAAUGUAAUUAUUUUUUUAAUGUUGAAAUACAGUUUUUUAUUAAAA